CAGAGAUUUUGUGGAUCUUCGCUAACAUGUCUUUCAAGGUAGUGGUGGCGGCAGUGAUGGUCGGGCUGGUGGUGGCGGCCCCCCAGUACGACUACGAGCCCCCCCAGGCCCCCUCCUCCCUCUACGAGACCCCGGCAGAGUCGGUGCAGGAACCCGUGCAGCUGUACGAGGCGCCCUCUAACAAUGUGCUCAUCGCCCAGCCUCAGAACCUCGUCCCCGACGUCGUCAGUCCCCCGCAGAUGGAAGGGAUGCCUUACGACUUCCAGUGGGGGGUGGAGGACCAGGACAGUGGCAACGCCUUCAGCCACGUAGAGAACAGUGACGGCAGCACCACCCAGGGGGAGUACCGCGUCCUGAUGCCCGACGGUCGUACUCAGGUGGUGACCUUCUACGACAACGGCGACGGCUUCAACGCUGAGGUCACCUACGAGUAACUGACCCCUGAUGACCCCG